GUUUGUCAGUGAGGACACACAUCAAUGAAGGAAAUCAGAUUUUUUUUUUUAUGCACGUUUAAAGGAAAACGUGACAAAACUCACCUGUAUCCACCUGGCCUCUGCUGGGAAUGUUGUGCAGGAUGACGACACGGGAAGCGUGUGGUUGUGCACAACGGAUCAAUGGUCUGCGCUGACUGGCUGCGGCCGGGUAGAGGUGGGGAUUUGAACGCUCCCAUCGGCUCCAGAGGUUCACACACCGCUGGACGUCUGCUAGUCGUAACAGCGUUUUUGCACAGUGAUACAUGGAGAUAAAACACAAGAGAAGCAUGAGGCAACACUGUGCUCUCAAACAUGGAAUACUCAAGGAAUUCCUGGCAGAAUUCCUGGGGACGUUUGUCUUGGUCUUGUUCGGCUGCGGCUCAGUCGCUCAGACCGUCCUCAGUCGAAACACCCUGGGCGAGCCCCUCACCGUGCACAUCGGCUUCUCUGUGGGACUGAUGAUGGCAGCGUACGUGGCUGGUGGAGUGUCGGGGGGCCACGUGAACCCUGCUGUGUCUCUGGCCAUGGUGAUUCUGGGCAAACUAAAGAUUUGGAAGUUUCCCUUCUACGUCAUCGCCCAAUUUCUCGGUGCCUUUGUUGGAGCCGCUGCAGUCUUUGGAUUGUACUACGAUGCGUUCAUGGACUUCACCAGCGGGAUCCUGUCAGUGACAGGAAUCAAUGCGACGGGUCACAUCUUUGCGUCCUACCCUGCGAGACACCUGUCAAUCCUCGGCGGCUUCAUCGAUCAGGUGGUGGGGACAGGUAUGCUGGUUUUGUGUAUCCUCGCCAUCAUCGACGGCGGAAACAUCGGAGCUCCCAAAGGCGUGGAGCCGCUGGCCAUCGGGCUGAUCAUCAUGGCCAUCGGAGUGUCCAUGGGACUGAACUGUGGCUACCCGCUGAACCCUGCCAGGGACCUGGGACCCCGGCUGUUCACGGCCGUGGCGGGAUGGGGGAUGGAGGUUUUUAGCACUGCAGAUAACUGGUGGUGGAUCCCUGUGGCGGGCCCCAUGGUCGGGGGAGUCGUCGCCGCCGUCAUCUACUACCUGUUCAUUGAGCUGCACCACCACCACGAUGAGCCCGAGAAGCCCCACGAGGAGGAGGAGGAGGAGGAGGAGGAGGAAGACGAGGAGGACGAGGACUGCAGUCUGAAGGACAAAUACGAGAUGAUCACCAUGAGCUAAAGAGCCGUUAACCUGCAGGACCGACUGUACAGAUUCAGUUGUUCCACUGUCUGUCACAGGACAGGCCUCCUCUGUCAGUGUGCGCUCUGUGGUAGACCGGUUUCGUAGCAGGAUAGGCUGUAGUUACACUUCUGAUCGACUUCGCGCUCUGCAGAGACACAAGCUUUUCCUGCUCAGCGAUAACAGCGUUAAAACCUUCACAGGUCAAAGCACAAAGUGAAAUAACUAAGGACACAUUGUAGAUAGCAGAACUGCAGCUAGUUGCACCAAAUAAGCGGCGUGGAGACUGUUUUCCAAACCAACAACGGACAUGUCUCCUCUGCAAUUUUGAUGUUAUAUGUUACACGAACACAUGAACACCUCAGUCCUGCUUCACGUUCACAUGACUUUUCAUAUAAUUAUGUGCUGUAAAUACUGUAUUAUAAAUAUUUCCCUUCACUGCAAUUUACUCUCUUGGAAACAAUUGACACUGGAAUAAUAGAUUAAUAUGCAUGCCAGUUUCCUUUCAUUAUUGUUAUUAUUAUUUGCAUUUUAACUGAGUGUUGU